UAUCAGCACUAGUGACCACUUGCGGCCACUAGUGUCAUCAACAAUCAUAACACAAAAUAACCAUUAAAAAAAAAAAAUAAUAAUGUCAAAACACAUGUGUUAAAUAAGUAAAUAAUUCUUUGUUUGUUUUGAGUUUUGAUUAUUGUAUAAUUAAAUUAUUAACUGUUUGUUUAUGAAAAUGGAUACAAUAAUUUGUCUAAGUGACUCAGACAAAUCAAAUGAUUCAUUAAUAUUUUCACAAAAACAACAAUCACAAAAUACUCCAUCAUCACCAGUAAAUCAUUAUAAUUAUGAUGAUAUUGAAAUUGAUGAUCUUCCAGUACUUAAUAUUCCAUCAAAUUAUUCACCAUUACGACGUAAAAUAUCUCCAGUUUGUUCACCAAUAAAAACCAAAAUAACACAAGAUAAAAAUGAACCAGUAAAAACAAAAAAAAAAACAAGACAACCAAAACCAAUUGAUGAAGAAAAAUUAAAACGUCAACGUGAUGCUAAAAUUGAAAAAUUAGAAAAGAAAAUAGCUUUAAUGAUACAAAAAAAUAGUAAACCAGGUGAAUGUAUGAAAUUUAUUAAAGUUGAACUUGAUGAAACAUUAAAAUCAUUUGAUUUUUAUCAACAAUCAUUGAGUGAACUUAUUGGAGCUGGUGUUAGUUUUAAAGAAGUAUCAAUGAUGAUACCAAAUAGUAUUAAAUGGAUAAAAAUAAAUGAAGAAUAUUCAAUUGAUGAAAAAGAAAUUAAUAUACAAACAAAAAAACAAGAAGAAGAAGAAAAUUUAGUAUUAAUAAUUUGGGAUGUUGAAUAUGUUGUUAAAUUAUUUAAUGACAAUGAAUUAUCAUCAACAAUUAUUAAUAUAUCAAAAAUAUUAACAAAUAAACGUUUAAGUAUUAUUAUUUAUCAUCUUGAAGAUUAUUUUUUAGCGAAAAAAAAUGCUGGUGGAAAAAAAAAAGAACAACAAUAUUUUAAAGAUUUAAAAAAACUUCCAAAAAUUGAUAGAAAUUUAUUUGAAAUAACAUUAGUUGAAUUACAGCUAGAAAUUAAUUGUAAUUUUCGUUUAAUUGAUGAUUUUGAAGAAAUAAGUCUUGUUAUUUAUCAAUAUACAAAAUCAUUUGCUGAAAUUGAUUAUAAAAAAAAUGAAGCUGCUAUUAUGGAAGAAAUGGAUUUUUAUGCUGCUGGUGAAAAUAGAGAUACUGUUGGUGUUGAUAAAGAUGGUAAUGGAUUAAAAAAUCUUUGGAUUAAACAACUUUGUAUGUUUAAUGCUGUUGGUUUAUCAACUGCUGAAGCAAUUUGUUCUGUUUAUCCAAGUCCAGUUGCUCUUAUGAAUGCUUUUGUCAACUGCUCAAUUGAAGAAGGUGAAGCACUUUUAAAAGACAUUCCGAUUAAAAGAGCAGAUGAUCCUUUAGCAACACACAGAAAAAUUGGUCCAGAACUUAGCAAAAAACUUCAUCGAAUGUUUACCUCUGAAGAUGGCGAGAAACUAUUAUUUUAAUUUAACACCAAAAUAAUUUAUAUAACAA